GAGAGAUGGCUCCUGACUUAGGCAGUUGUGCUGAUGAAGUGGAAGAGCUGGUUUCAGUUCUCCAUAGUGCAUGUGUGUUUAGGAGGCGGGUGCUUCUUGUUUCCUUGCCUGGGAGUUGUGCAAUCCUUUAGGUCGGAGAAAGCGCCCUCCCUCGCUGCUGCUGCCACCGCCUUGUUGGUUUUUUUUAAAGCUGUGAGCUCAGCCGAUGAGUCAGAACCAUGCAAUCCUGACACUGCAUCGUGGGACUGGAGGUGAGAGAGAAUCAAAAACAGGAGCUGUAGAUUUCAGCCAAGUACAGUGCAGGACUUCGCUUUGCUUGUGCACAGAAGGGGAGCUGAGUAGUGACCACUUCGUGGGAUAUUCUUGAUUGCAAGAGAACUUCCUGCUUCUUUCCUAGGAGCCCUGAGGAGCGGAUCUGGAAAACACUUUUUUGUCGUCUCCUGGGAAGUGAAGCAAAAAGAGAGAGAGGAAUCGCCCCGUUACAUAAUUCUGACAGUGUCUGUCUCAUAUUAGGACGAGGUCUCAAACGACUUCUAAGUUUGGAAUGAAUUAGUCCAAAGGAAGAAAAUAUUCUUUCUACACUGGCAGAAGAAGCUACUGCUGUUAAAAGUGAGAUUAUCACUUCAACAGUCUCUGAAUCCAAGUGCUUAAGUGACUUCCACAAGUUCACUCGUUUGAGUUUCUUUAAAAAAUUAUCAUCAAACAUAUAUUUCUUGAAUGGUUCAUCCUUAGCUCUGAAGUUUUUUAUAGUUGGCAUUAUGGAGGGAUGAUGGCUAUGACAUGGACAUCCAGCAAACUCCUCUUCUUCAGCAGUUAAGGCAUUGUGAUCGAGUGGACUCCAGCAUCCUCUGAACUGCAGAGGAGAAGAGCAGAAAGAAGAAAGGGAAAGGUGCACAGAGGAAAAGGAGUUGGAGACACUUACAUCUGGACUUGUACAAAAUUGGAACUGGAUGGGAAAGUGAACCGUUUGGUGUCUUUUCUUCCCCCAGUCUUUGAGAUGGAUGGGUUGUAAAUCUGUGUGUAUAACUGGGAAUAGACUGAACCAUGAAUCUUCAGGCUCAACAAAAGUCUUCAAACAAGAGGGCUGGGAAACGGAUUGCAUAUUUUAAUGAGCAGGAUGUGGCUGUGCCAUCGAAAGAACUGCAACAGCAGCUGAAGGAAGGACAGUACUAUGGACAUGGAGGGGAAAUACCUUCUUCACAAACUAUGGAGCUUUCUAAAGCAGGGGGUUUAACUGGUGCUCCCAACAAUGUUGCCUUGAUGAACUCUGUUGUUUAUACUCAAGAUAGGGGGGAUUCCAUGAUGAUGUCUCAGCAGCUGGCUGCUGUCAAAUGGCAGAACUCAUUGAUGGGGAGCAGGUUGCCUGAGAGGAUUGAUUCCAGUUGGCAGCCUUCGCCUGUGGCAUGGAACCACAGUGUGGUCUAUGGGGGCAAUCAGAAAGGGGUCCACCACAAUGCCAGUUCCCCAGGUUUCUAUGGGCAUCCUGAAGCUCUGAAAAGAAGCCAGGAAAAAGAAAUGGAGGUGCCGCAGCUAGAAAUAUAUGGAGAUGCUGCUGUUCAGCAGAUGAUGGCCCAGAAGGCUCAGCUGGAACAACAAGCACUGAUGAGACAGCAAGCUCAAAUGAAUUCAUAUCACCAGAUGCAGAAGCAGCAACAGCAGAAUCAGACUCUACCUUUACAGCCUUUCCAGCUUGCAUUCGGUCACCAAGGCCAGAAGCAAGGUCUUCCUGAAUUGUUACAUGUCUUUCAACAAGCCCCAGCUUCCUCCAAUCCAGUCUUUACUACUCAGCAGAAACAACAGUCUCUUCCUCAGCUGCAACUGUUUGAAAACUUCUACCCACAACAGCAGCAACAGGCCACCACGCAAGCCUUCAACCUCCAGCAAGCUGCUUCUAUAGCACAGCCCCAUGUGGCAGCAACAGCACCCCAGCAUCAUAUGAUGGCCCACCAGUACCAGCAACCGGAGAGGAACCUGGAACUCUUGAAAGCCCUAACAGAGCAAAACCAACAGACUGUGCUACCUCAGACCCAGAUACCCUUUCCAAGGAGAUCAAGGAGACUCUCCAAGGAAGGUAUUUUGCCAUCCUCCUCUUCAGGAGAAAUAAUGGCUUCUAAACCAGUAGAGGAACAAGCUAGCAAUCUGUUCCUGCAUCACUGGCAACCACAGCAGCAAGGACUGCCGUUUCAGCAUGAGACUGAAGCUCUGAGCCACAACAAGGGUAGCUAUCCACAGCCCACGAGAACACCCCUGGGACAAAAGGAGACCCUGAGUAGUAAUGAGUUGAACCAGCCUGACACAGAGAGGCCGGCCACAUCCUAUAAUAGCAGAGAUGAGGAGAAGCAAGUGGCAAUGACCGAAGAAAGCACUCGGAGAAAUAAUGACUUUGUGGGGGUGAGAGGUGGUGUGAUCCAGAGCACCCGAAGAAAACGGUGUAUUUCUCAAGAGGCCAACCUGCUAACUCUGGCACAAAAGGCUGUUGAGCUGGCUUCUCUUCAAAAUGACAAAGAAUUGGAUACUUCAAAAGAGAAGAAGAAUGUGGUGGCUGCAGCACCUGCAGCAGCCAAAAGUGUUUUGGAAUUUGCCAGUUCUCCACAAGCCUCCAAGAGACCCCGGGAAGAUAGCAGCCUUGUUCCUCUAAUCAUGCCUGUGUCUGUGCCAGUGAGGAAAUUCGACUUGCAAGCUAUUGGGAAGGAAAAGGGUGAGGAAGGGAAACUCCAGAGGGUGCUGGCAAAUGAUCGAGGUCUUUCUGAACGCAAGCCCUCUGUGAUAGUCACCAGAAGAAGAUCCAAUCGCAGCUCCAACAUGGAAACCUUAGUCCAGCAUGAAGAUGCUGUUCCAAAGGAGGAAUCCGAGGGCUUUUCCCGGAAACCAAAGCAGCGCCCAAGACCUGAACCACUCUUCAUACCACCGAAAGCAGGCACCUUCAUUGUCCCUCCAGUCUAUUCCAACAUCACUCCAUAUCAGAGCCACUUACGCUCACCUGUGCGCCUUGCAGAUCACCCUUCAGAUAGGAACUUUGAGCUACCUCCUUACACACCUCCACCAAUUCUCAGCCCAGUGAGAGAAGGGUCUGGGCUGUAUUUCAAUGCUAUUCUCUCUGCUAGUGGUCACUCAAUUCCACCUCCGAUGACCCCUAAAAGUACUCACAGAACUCUGCUGAGAUCUAAUAGUUCAGAAGUCACCCCUCCCAUCCUUGCAGUAAUGGGGGAGGCCACCCCAGUCAGCAUUGAACCGCGAAUCAAUGUGGGAUCCCGGUUUCAAGCGGAAAUCCCUGUGCUCCAAGACAGAUCUUUGGCAUCAGCUGACAAGCACAAGGCAGACAUGGUAUGGCAGCCAUGGGGGGACCUGGAAAUCAACAAAGCUACUCAAGAGAAUGUGGAAAAUCUGCUAACUGCUGCCUGUUCAAGUAUUUUUCCUGGGGCUGGUACCAAUCAGGAGCUGGCGCUGCACGUCUUGCAUGAAGCAAAGGGAAACAUUCUGGCUACUUUGACCAAAUUGCUGCUGAAGAGGCCAAUGCGAUUGCCACACCACCCGCUGGCAGACUAUCACUACACAGGAUCAGACAGGUGGAAAGUUGAUGAGAAGAAACUUUUCAACAAAGGCAUUGCAAUCUACAAGAAAGACUUUUUCCUGGUCCAGAAACUUAUAAAAACCAAGACGGUGGCCCAGUGUGUAGAGUUUUACUACACAUACAAAAAACAAGUGAAAAUUGGUCGGAAUGGCACCUUAAUUUUUGGGGACAUGGAUGCCACUAAUGAGAAGUCUAUGAAGGAUGAAGCUGAGGUUGAUAUCAAGAGUUCCCAUAGGUUUGCACGUGUUCUUCCUCCCAGAAAGGAGAAUUACAGUGAAGAACAUACGCACGUGGAGGAGGUGGCUGAGAAGGAGGAAGGGUUGGAUGACAGGAAGAGCACAGUGCCUCCCAAGGCCACGCAGACACUACAAGCCAAUGAAGUGGUCAAUGAGGUCCUUGUUUCAAGAACCGAGGAGUCUAAUGCCCCAGGGGAAGCCAGCAGUAGGACUGUAAGGAAGCCUAAGGAAGCAGUGAAGCCUCAAAAGCCACCUCCCCCAGUGCAGAGAAGGAGACGGAAACCAAAGCCAAAACCGGACACACCCAGUAAAGCUCAGAACCAAGAGAACACGUUUCCAUGUAAAAAAUGUGGCAGGGUCUUCUACAAGGUGAAAAGCCGCAGUGCUCACAUGAAGAGCCACGCGGAACAGGAGAAGAAGGCAGCAGCAUUGAAACAGCGAGAGAAAGAGGAGGCGGCGGCGGCGGCAGCAGCGCAGCGGGAGGAGAGCAGUGACGAGGGGAGCAGCAGCAGUGACAGCAGUGGCAGUGGCUGCUCGGAUGAGGAUGGGGAGAUUUAGCCGUAGCCCAGGGAAAGUCGAGGGAGUAGCAAGGCUGGACCCCACCUCUCUCUCGGUGUGUUUGCCUCCAUUCCUGCACUUUCCUUAUCUGGACUGAGUUAUACUAGGCUUCUGUCCAUUGCUACCAUUUCCUCAUCCCACAUUCUGCACCUCACCCUGCCAGUAUAGACUGAGCCAAAUCAGUGGAUAAAGAGAUUUGUGUGAACUUGGAUAUUCUUUUUUACAAAUCAGAUUUCUAUUUUAUUUAUAAAGGCACCUGAGGUACGUAAUAGAACAAUGUCAUCAGGAGUGGAAUUCAGUUCUCCUGUGGAUCAGUCAGGGCUUUCUCCUUAUGCUUGCCAAGAAUCAUGGCAAUGAGACUCUUGAGUAUAAAGGCUUCCAGACCUGAGCAAGAAAAAGAUGCUCUGCCCUGAUACUGUCUGCAUCUAGUUACUGUGAUACCAGUGUUUUGUAGUGAUUUCCUUCCAUAGAAAAUUGCCUGUCACUGCCCUUCCCGUCUUCCUCUCCAAGUGCUAUCUAGGCUCUUAGCAAGUUCUGUGGAAUAUGAGACAUAGCCUUGAUCACUGUAUGACAGAAGUGUGAGGGGGAGGAGUGAAGAACAAUCCACCCCAGCCCUCUCCUCUGAGAAGAGAUUUCUAUUUUCCUGUAGCAAGGGGGAAUGCCUGAUAUUUCCUGUGCCAUUAAGAGCUCAGCAGAGGACAUAUAGCAUCCUGUGAGAUAAGAGUAGCCACAAACCUAAAAGAUCUGGCCACACUGUGUACAGGAAAGGAAGUAGUUAUUGGGUCACUUUUUAGAAGAAUUUGCCUCCUCACAAGUGUGAUUUGAAAGGCCUCUAACGAUCACAUCUGGCUUUAACUCAUUGCAAAAGGGAGCAAGGUUGUUAAUGAGACUUGACCCAAGACACAGCUUUUGCACUGUGCAUACCUCACAGAGAUGGGAAGGGUGGACUUGGUUCUCUUUCCUAGGCUUCUUUACUCCCUUCCACAAAGGGCCAUUAUGCAGGAGGAUGCCCAUUUUCCAUUUACCCAUCCCUUUAAAUGGCCACCUACAAGAGUUGCACUGAAGAAGCUGUGUGUCUUUCCAUUCAUUCCUUCGCAGAUGUGAUUGGACAGCACAGAAUGCUGGGCUAUCCCAUCAUGGCCCCCUUACCAGUGAAAUGUAGACUCUUCAUGCAGAGCUGGCAUUAACAUGGCCCCAUUAGCCAAAAGUCUAGGCAGCUAGGCCUAGUAUUCAAGCAAAGUGUUAAGAGAAAGCAAAAAUAGGUCAGCUGAAUGCUAAAAUUGCACAGAAUUUGUCUGUACGUACAUAUAUAGUGUUCACAUACCUUUAUUGCAUAAAACUAAAGAAUCCAGUGUAGUUGCAGCUGUGUCAGUCCCAGGAUAUUCGACAAGGUGGGUGAGGUUCUAUCUUGUAUUGGACCAACUUCUGUUGGUGAGAGAGAGAAGCUUUCAAACGGGGGUGCAGUAUGCAGUACCAGCAAGAGAUUUUUAUUGGGUAUGAGGUACUGGAAACACUUGGGGCAACACAUCCCCCCAGUGGAUGAAGCUGCACUCUGCUCCUUAAAGGAGCAGAACGCAGCUAGGGAGGACAUUCACUCUUUAUAUGGCUUUAACAGCACAAUACAAAGUUUGUUAGCAUAUAUAUUGUGCUGUUAGAUUGAUCAGGAGUUUUCAAGAGAGGAGGGAUGCAGGGACAAAAGGUGUUUCUGAUUCUGUUGCUCCCCAUUGGCCUGAAUUAUCCAUGACAGCCACACUGCAUCACAUCAAGUCCAAAUCAUUAGAGAAAUGCCUCUGCUUGCACUGACCAGUGGAUGUUUGGAUUCUGAUGUCAGCCCAGUUCUGAAGCCUGAUGGGAAUCGGGUGUUGUCCCCAGUAUACACAGAAUUCCUUUUUGCAGCCAAAUUAGUCUAACAUUCAUUUUGCUAACUGGAACUGGCGCAGCAAAACAAAGAAAACAAAUGCCUUAUUUUCC